GUCACCCUUCACGCCAUCUGCUUCUAGAGAUUUUUUGUUAGAUUCGGGCGAAAAUAACCUUCACCUGUUCAGUCCAGUUUUCAACAGUUUCUUCCUUUUUCUUUCAUUCUAAUUUCUGAAUCCAGCCAAUUCAAGAACUUGUCCCUUUCUUCAUUACCCAAAACACUUUCUUUAUACUUUCUUUCGUUCACAGCUGUUCCAUUAGGAUCAAAGAUAGUGGAUCUGGCGUACGAUGCUCUGUAAUAUUUGAUAUUUCUGGUCAAGAAACAACAACUCCUAUUAGUUUCCAAUCGACAUUUCUAGCAGAAGAUACUAUUGCUUUCAUGGUAAAUCUUAUCUAGAUUUGACCUGGGUUUCUGAUAUUUUUGUUAUAUUUUCGAAGGCGGAGAAGAUUGUUGAAUCUUUUUGUUUUUGUGGAAGCUGAAUCUGGUCGAGCAUUAUAAGAAAUUGAGAGGCGUUAAUGGUGGGAGAUACAUCAAUGGCAGGAGAGGGUUUGAUUGAGCUGAAAUUCAGGCUUGCCGAUGGUACUGAUAUUGGGCCUAGCCAGUAUGCUCCAGCUACUACAGUGGCAUCGCUCAAAGAGAAGAUUCUUGUACAAUGGCCAAAAGAGAAAGCAAAUGGUCCAAAGACAUUACAUGAUGUGAAGCUUAUAAAUGCGGGAAAGAUACUUGAAAACAACAAGACACUUGCAGAGUCUACACUCCCAGUUGGUGAAUUUCCAGGAGGUGUCAUUACGAUGCAUGUUGUUCUACGUCCUCCAGUGUUUGAGAAAAACAAAAAACUCCUGGAUGAUUCUUCCCCUCAGAGCCGGUGUUUGUGCUCAAUCAUGUAACUUCAAGUGAAUGCGAAUUGCUGACAUGUCUUCCAUUGUUGCCAAUGAUAUUGUUAGAUUGACUGCAGUAGAGAAGAUCCUGCUUUUUUCAGUUCAUCCUGAUUUCUAGUCGCUCGAUAACAUGAAGCUCGGAUAUCUUGAAGCUUCUGUUGUCUAUAAUAAUCGCGUUGAAGUUCUUCACUUCCUUGAGAAAUUAUGAAAGGAUUGCAUUUGCAUUUUGGCUUUUGAAGUGUACAUGAUGGGGG